GUUUACAGAACAAAUGGUUUAUCUUUUAAAGCCAUUUGAAGAAAUUACAAGAUACUUUUGUGGAUCAAAGUAUCCAACAUUAAAUCUUGUAUAUCCCUACAUUCAAACUCUAAAAAACAAGUUUGCACCAAAAAAUGAUCAUAGUGAAUCAUUUGAAGCUUGGGUUAAUCUAAUUUAUGGCUCUGAAGACGCAGAUACUAGUAAUGAUUCAAGUUUUAGUAGUGAUAACGAAGUUGAUAUACCAUUAGCAAGAAAUCGACGGCAGUGGCAAUAUGCACAUCGAAGUGCAUAUCGCCGUAAAGGUCAUGUUAAAUUGGAAGAUUCUAACACUAUAGAAUAUUUGUCACCUGUAGAUUGUUCUGGGCUUUUAGAAAAAGCAUAUCUACGGGCAAUAAAGCUACUUCCAUUUGCUACAAUUCCGGAACAGGAACAAACUGAAGCUCAAAUUCGUGCAGAAUUAUUAUUACUUAAAACUCAAUUAGAUGAUUCAAAUAGUAAUGAAAAUAUAAAAAAAAGUUCUGUAAUUCUGAAUGAAGUAACUUUGAAUGAAGAUCCUCAGGAUUCCUUAAGUGCCGAAUUAUGGGAGUCAUGUUCGAUCCCUGAUCAUGUCUUUACUGAGGAUGAAUUUACACGAUACAUGAAAGAGCAAAUAGCUCAUAAAAAUCAAAAUCCUUUGAUAUGGUGGGAAAAAAGACGUAUAAGUUAUCCCCUUCUUA